CUAAUGUUGAAGAAGAUGAAAUGAUAGAACAAGUCACUGUCAAAGCUCUUAUCCCAAAGGAAAUCGUCUCAACUGGAGGAACUGAUAUUGGACAAACCCCAUAUGUAAAUCAUCAAAUACCCUUAAACUUAGAGUUAGAUCUAUUGCUCAUCCACCAUAUAGGUUAA